AAUAUUACCAAAGUACAGGGAAACUGUAAGGAGCUCUCCCUGUCUAGAUGGGAUGGCAACUUUACCCAGCGAACGGAGGGCUUUUGCGCAUAAGAUUAACAGGACAGUAGCGUCUGAGGUCAGGAAGCAGGUUUCCCGGGAAUAUGGCUCUCCACAACUGUCCAAAAAACGUGCUGGAGCUCAUCAGCCGGUGCCUCUGACGGAGGUGGUGGAGCCAGUGGACUAUGAGGAGUAUGUUAGCAGCCAUCCGCCAGGAGCGGAGCCCGGACCUCUCCGACAGCUGUUGGAGUUCCCCAGCGAUGAUCUGGAGCUGCUGCUGCAGGAGAGAGAGUGCGCCACGAUAGAGCCGCCCGUCCCGGAGGAGGACUCACUGGACCCCAGAGUGAGAGAUGCCCUGGGGGUCUACACCGACGACUGGCUUAUCAUCCAGAGGAAAUAUCAGCGAUACAGCACAGCACAGACGCCUCAUAACUCUGAGCGGCAGCGGGAGAAACAGAGAGGACUUGUCAAGCAAACCUUUGAGCUGGAUGAGGCCGCCAUUGAUCGUCAGGAUGAGCAGGAUGACUCAAAGAGGCACUCAGUGUCGCUGGAUGACACGCCGCGGGGAAGCUGGGCCUCCAGUAUAUUUGACCUGAAAAACUCCACUCCUGAUGCGCUGCUGCCUUCCGUGCUGGAGCGCACGGCUGCAGAGGACAUGGACCGUCGCAACACUGAGAACCGCCAGCAGUGCCGCCACACUGAUCUGCUGGGACUUUACCCUGCGCCGGAUGAGGACGAGGCCGUCGAGAGGUGUGCCAUCCCAGAGGUGCCCAAUGAGCACAGCGGCCAGAGGAUCAUGGUCAAGUGUUUGUCGCUCAAAUUUGAGAUUGAAAUCGAGCCAAUAUUUGGGUCACUUGCUCUGUAUGAUGUCAGAGAAAAGAAAAAGAUUUCAGAGGAUUUUCACUUUGAUCUGAACUCGGACCAGAUGAAGAGCUUGCUCCGGCCCCACAGUCCCCACGUAGCCAUUUCCACACUGGCCCGAUCCGCUAUCUUCUCCAUCACAUACCCGUCUCCUGACAUCUUCCUAGUCAUUAAGCUGGAGAAAGUCCUUCAGCAGGGAGACAUUGGCGAAUGCUGUGAGCCGUACAUGGUCAUGAAGGAAUCAGACUCCACUAAGCAUAAGGAAAAGCUGGAGAAGUUGAGGACUCAGGCUGAGCAGAUGUGCACUAGGCUGGGUCGUUUCCGCAUGCCCUUCGCCUGGACUGCGAUUCAUCUGCUGAACAUCGUCAGCAGUGUUGGAGGGCUGGACCGCUCAGAUUCCGACUCAGACACGGAGCGUAAGGGGACGUGGAAUGAGAGGAAGAAGAAAGGAUUUGAGAGGAUGAGUGUAGGAGAGGACAUGUGCAACUUCACUAACUUCCGUCCAGCGACUCUCACUGUCACCAAUUUCUUCAAACAGGAGGGGGACAGAUUGAGCGAUGAAGACUUAUAUAAGUUCCUGGCAGACAUGAGGAGGCCGUCAUCUGUCCUGCGUCGACUCAGACCUGUGACUGCUCAGUUGAAGAUUGACAUCUCCCCGGCUCCAGAGGCCCCUCACUACUGUCUUUCUCCAGAACUGCUUCAUGUGAAGCCUUACCCUGACCCACGUGUGCGCCCCACAAAAGAGGUGCUGGAGUUUCCCGCGCGCUACGUCUACACCCCACACACUACCUACAGGAACAUGUUGUACGUUUACCCUCAGAGUGUCAACUUCAAUAGCCGGCAGGGUUCGGUGAGGAACAUUGCAGUGAAGGUGCAGUUCAUGGCAGGAGAGGAUCCCAGCCAGGCCAUGCCUGUCAUCUUUGGAAAGUCAAGCUGUGCCGAGUUUUACAAGGAGGCGUACACCCAAGUGAUCUACCAUAACAAGUCCCCAGAGUUCUACGAGGAGGUAAAGAUGAAGAUUCCUGCCAACCUCACCGACAACCACCACCUGCUCUUCACCUUCUAUCACAUCAGCUGCCAGCCCAAGCAGAAUACCCCCUUAGAGACGCCAGUGGGCUACACGUGGAUCCCCCUCAUGCAGCACGGCCGCCUGCGCACCGGCUCCUUCAGUCUGCCUGUCUCUGUGGAGAAACCUCCACCCAGCUACUCAGUCCUCACUCCUGAUCUGCGUUACAUGGAUACGCGCGUUGUUUCUGUACAGAUCAAAUCACAACAACAGCCUGUAUCUCCCCCUGCUGUGGGACUUGCAUCGUAUGAUCUCCCCAUCCAGUAUGCCACGCUCUCUAGGGCGACGGCAAGACCCAGCAGCCUGCUCUUGUCCCGCUCCAAGAGCAUUAGUAACUCCAACCCCGACCUGGCCUCAACACCAGCCACCCCUGACGAGGAGGUGCAGAGAAUCAUUGGCAGCAAGGGGAUAGACCGCUCACAUUCCUGGGUAAACUCUGCUUACGCUCCAGGGGGCUCAAGGGCUGUGCUCCGUCGGAACCCCAACUCCAGCUGUGAGCUCAAGCAGUUACUUCAUGAAGAGUUGGCUCUCCAGUGGGUGGUGAGCUCCAGUACCGUGAGAGAGGCAUCUCUGCAGCAGGCCUGGUUCUUCUUCCAGCUCAUGGUGAAGAGCAUGUCCCAUCAUCUGUUCCUGUCCUCACGCCUGGACAUGCCCCGACGCCAGCGCUUCCCAGACCGCUUUGUGGAUGACAUUGCUGCCUUAGUGUGUGCCAUCAGUGCAGACAUAGCCAGCAGAUAUCACAAGGAUGUUGAGCUAGUGGAGAGGUUAAACAACAGCUUGGCCUUUUUCCUCAAUGACCUGCUGUCUCUCAUGGACAGAGGCUUUGUUUUCAACCUCGUCCGCUCAUAUUAUAAACAGAUUAAUAAGCUCCACACAGCGCAGAACCCCAGCUCUCUGACAGCGCUGAGGAUGGACUUCAUACGGAUCGUCUGCAGUCACGAGCACUACGUCACCCUGAACCUGCCCUGCGCCACCCUCAGCCCCCCCGCAUCGCCCUCACCCUCCACAUCCUCCACCACCUCUCAGAGCUCAGCGUUCUCCUCUCAUGUUCUGGAUCAGGGUGUGGUCAGCAUGUUCGAACUGUCGGUGCCGUUCCGCCAGCAGCAUUUUCUUUCUGGUCUGCUUUUGGCUGAACUGUCACUCAUCCUCGAGCCAGACGGAGAGGGUGUGUUCUUCCUACACAAGAAGACCAUUAGUGCGCUGCAUUCUCUGCUGUGCAGUCACGACGCGGACCCCCGCUACACAGACCCCCAGGUCCGCUCCCACAUCGCCCAGCUCUACCUGCCACUCAUCCCCAUCGUCAUGGAGACACUGGCCCAGCUUCACGACUUCACCGACACGUCCCCACAGCGUGUACGUCACGCCUCGGCGCUCGUCGACGAUAACGACCCAGACAACAGCACCAUCAGCCAGUCUGUUGCCAUGGCGAUAGCUGGCUCACCACUCCCCCAUUCCAAAGCCAACCCCUUCACUCUGCCUUCAGUGGCUGGCCGUCAGUGUAGCACCCUCUCUGCAGAGUGCAGCAGGAUGCUGCUGGUUUGUUUUCUGUGGGUGUUGAAGAAUGCAGACGCGGGGUUGUUGGAGCGCUGGGUCUCAGACCUGUCUGUGCCACAAAUAAACCGCUUGCUUGAUCUUCUUCACCUCUGUCUGUCCUGUUUCGAAUACAAGGGGAAGAAAGCCCUGCAGAGGAUAAACAGUCUGACCUUUAAGAAGUCUCAGGACAUGAAGGCCCGUCUGGAAGAGGCCAUACUGGGCACCAUCGGAGCAAGACAGGAGAUGGUCCGUCGCUGCAGAGAGCGCAGUCCUUAUGGAGGUCAGGAGAACGUCCGCUGGAGGAAAAACGUCACUCACUGGAGACAGAACGCAGACAGAGUGGACAAGACCAAAGCAGAGGUGGAGCAGGAGUCGGUAGUGGAUGGAAACUUGGCGACAGAAGCUGCUCUCAUAGCCCUGGACACACUGGAGAUCAUUGUCAAAACGGUGGUGAUGUCAGAGCUGAAGGAGAGUGUGUUGGUUGGUGUGCUGAGAGUCCUCCUCCACAGUAUGGCAGGAAACCAGAGCGCCCUCUUCCUGCAGCACUGCUUCAGCACUCAGAGAGCUUUGGUCUACAAGUUCCCGGAGAUGUUGUUUGAGGAGGACACUGAGCUCUGUGCAGAUCUGUGUUUGCGGUUACUGCGUCACUGCAGCAGCAGCGUGAGCUCUGUACGCAGCCACGCCAGCGCCUCCCUCUACCUGCUCAUGAGACAGAACUUUGAGAUUGGCAACAAUUUCGCCCGUGUGAAAAUGCAGGUCACCAUGUCUCUGUCUUCACUCGUGGGAACCUCGACGAAGUUCAAUGAAGAGCAUCUGCGACGCUCUUUAAAAACUAUUCUCACAUAUGCCGAGGAUGACCUGGAGCUCAGAGAUUCCCCCUUCCCUGAGCAGGUACAGGAUCUCGUCUUCAAUCUCCACAUGAUUCUCACUGACACUGUGAAGAUGAAGGAGCACCAGCAGGACCCAGAGAUGCUUAUAGACCUCAUGUACAGGAUUGCUAAGGGCUAUCAGAACUCUCCUGAUCUGAGACUCACGUGGUUGCAGAACAUGGCAGGGAAGCACUCAGAGAGAGGGAACCACGCGGAGGCAGCGCACUGUCUGGUGCAUAGCGCCGCCCUGGUGGCAGAGUACCUCAACAUGCUUGAAGAUUGCCGCUACCUCCCUAUCGGCUGUGUGUCAUUCCAGAGUAUUUCGUCCAAUGUGCUGGAGGAGUCUGCGGUGUCUGAUGAUAUUCUGUCCCCAGAGGAGGAGGGCAUCUGUUCAGGGAAGUACUUCAGUGAGUCUGGGCUUGUGGGACUUCUGGAGCAUGCAGCUGCUUCGUUCAACAUGGCUGCCAUGUACGAGGCCAUAAAUGAAGUCUACAAAAUCCUUUGUCCCAUUCACGAGGCCAACAGAGACUUUAAAAAGCUCGCCUCUGUCCACGGCAAGCUGCAGGAUGCCUUCAACAAAGUAUACAAUCAGAGCUCAGGAUGGGAGAGGAUGUUUGGCACCUACUUCCGUGUGGGCUUUUAUGGAUGCCGCUUUGGCGAUCUGGAUGAGCAGGAGUUUGUCUAUAAAGAGCCUUCCAUCACCAAACUAGCCGAGAUCUCACAUAGACUGGAGGAAUUUUACGCUGAACGAUUUGGUGACGACAUGGUGGUGAUCAUCAAGGACUCCAACCCUGUUGACAAGAACAAACUGGACCCCAAUAAGGCAUACCUACAGAUCACAUACGUGGAGCCCUUCUUCGAUACUUAUGAGCUGAAGGAGCGCAUCACAUACUUUGACAAGAACUAUAACCUGCGCACGUUCAUGUACUGUACGCCGUUCACGCUGGACGGUCGGGCCCACGGCGACCUGCACGAGCAGUACAAGCGCAAGACCUUCCUCACCACCUCCCACGCCUUCCCCUACAUCAAGACCCGCAUCAACGUCAUCCACAAAGAGGAGAUCAUUCUGAUGCCGAUGGAGGUGGCGAUUGAGGAUAUGCAAAAGAAAACACAGGAACUGGCCUUCGCGACCCAUCAGGACCCUGCUGACCCAAAGAUGCUCCAGAUGGUGCUUCAGGGUUGUGUUGGCACCACUGUUAAUCAGGGUCCGCUGGAGGUGGCUCAGGUCUUCCUGUCUGAAAUUCCUGAGGACCCCAAACUCUUCCGGCAUCACAAUAAACUGCGCCUCUGCUUCAAAGACUUCACUAAAAGGUGUGAGGAUGCUCUGAGGAAGAACAAGUCUCUGAUCGGUCCAGAUCAGAAGGAAUACCAUCGAGAGCUGGAGCGGAACUACACUAAACUGAGAGAAGCCUUGUUUCCUCUUAUCAACCGGAAAAUCCCUCAACUCUACAGACCACUGCCUCUGCCAACCACACCAACACAGAGGAAUUCUCUCAGUCGAUCCAGUUUUCGGCGGGUGGACUGCUGAGGUGUGGCAGAGCCGAGCGCGGGUGGAUGUAAAGCCAGACAUGAUCUCCCGCCCCAUCAUUCAACCCCCCUAAACCACACACUAAAACACACUCCACAUUCCUCUCUCAGGCACAAGCCUUCCUGAGCCAGUCUCUCUCUCUCUCUCGGAGGAGGAGCUUCAGUCUGUUUACUCUGAGAGGUUAUCUGCUGUAAACAGAGUCAUUAUGAUCUUCAUGGGCACAGCAGCAUAACCGGUCAAAGUAGUCAUCAGUAGAGAAAAACGAGCUACUUGCUCAAUAUCGGAGGUAAUUUUAGGUUCUAACCAGCACAGGGCAUUCAGAUGCUCCUCUGCAUUUCCUCCUUUUGUUUGUUUGUGCUGUCUUUCUCUGUCUCGUGCACUUGUGUGAGUGUGGGAACAAUAUGAGCCACAGUCCUUCCAGGCAUUUGUGUGUGUGUGAAUCUGUUGCCACAUGAAAACUUGUAGUGCAGUUUGAUUUAUCUGCUUGCUUGUGGAUUAAAACAUUUGUAAAAGCUGUCUUUUUGAAGACUAACCACUGACAGGCUGAGCCCAGAGACUAACUCACUCAGAGAAGACGGGUUUAAUCUUUCACUUCAUUUGCGCAAACUGUUUUUAAAACUCAUUCUGCUGUUGGCUCAAGCAGUGAUUGUAGAUAAGCCA